AUGAAGUCCACAUUAGCGGGUCUAGCCACCCUCAUCUCGUUCGUUACUUCCGUCUCCGCCCACGGUUUCGUAACCGAAGUCCUCAUCAACGGCAAAUCCUACCCAGGUUUCGACCCAUACAACGGCAACUACGCCGAUGGAAUAACCCAACCCUGGGCCUCACAGCAAGGCGCCAACGCCGACGGUCCUGCCAUCCUCCGUUUCGAAAACUCUCUAUUAUGUCAAAACGGUGCCAAACCCGCUCGACAAACUGCCGCUGCCCCCGCGGGUAGUAAGAUAACCUUCCAUUGGAACCAAUGGCCCGAAGCCCACAAGGGUCCCAUCUUAACAUACCUAGCCGAAUGUGGCGGCGACUGCAGUGCUGUGGAUAACCUACAACUCAAAUGGUUUAAAAUCGAAGAAGCUGGACUUCUCGACGCCGGCCAGAAUACCUGGGCGACGGAUUUGAUGAUGAAGCAGGGUGAUGCUUGGAAUAUUCAACUACCAAAGAAUAUAAAAUCAGGGAAUUAUAUCAUGAGACAUGAGAUGAUUUCGUUGGAAAGUACAAAUUCUGCGGAUGGAGUGCAGUUUUAUCCUACUUGUUUCAACUUGGAGAUUACAGGUGGCACGGGACAGUCGAAUCCGCAGGGUGUAUCUCUCCUACAGGCUUAUCAACGUGGUGCAUCCGGUUUGAACGUCGGUACUAAGAGGGGGGAUCCGGCCGUUUAUAGCUAUAGCUUGCCCGGUCCGUCUAUCGAUGGUAAUAUCGGUGCUACGGCUUAUAACAUGGUGAACACCGGUGCUAGUUCCAAUGGUAGACAGCAUAUCUAUCCGAACGCCAACAAGGACCCCUACGCCACUAGCGGACAACAGCCAAGUUAUGAUUCCUCAGCCGGGAAGAAUACAUACGGGCAGCAGCCGGAAAAUAAAAAUACCGCUCCAAACUACGAGACCCCACAGACCAACAAUAAUAACAAUAACAAUGGCAACUACAACAACGGUACUCCCGCACCUAAGGAAACUCCACAAACGGGUUCUAGAGCCGGUGAUGCAAACCGUAAGCAUUGUGACGAUGGUAUUCAAGUCUGUAGGGAAGAACAGGCGAGAAGACAGCAGAAGUUCAAGCGUGGAAGUAUCGUUGCUCGUACUCCUCAGGAUCAAAGCUACAGACUUGAAUACUGCUAUCAAAAGUGGGAGGUCUGCCUCUAUGCUGCUCUUGGUCAAAAACAGCCUCCACUUCCUGCGGCCAAUAACAAUGGUUACCAACAGGCCAAUAACAAUGGUUACCAACAGCCAGCAAGCAACAGCAAUGGAUACGAGCAACAAGCCAGCAAUCAGGGUCAAUAUGGGUCAAACAGCGGAUACCAGCAACCUCAAUCCAACCCUUAUGAGUACCAGCAAUCCAAUGCUGGCUACAACAGCUACUAUUAG